CGCGUGACGCAUGCACGCGCGUUAUGGUCUAGGCGCGAGGGGCUUGACGCGGAGAAGGCGGCGGGCGUGCGUGCGCGUGCGUGUUGGUGUGCCGGGGCUAGGUUUGACUAAGAGGUGACGGGAUUGAGAUUCGGCGAGGUGGUGGAGGCCAGGGGCUUCGGCCUCUGGGUGCUGACCCCUGGCUUGGCCGCCUCCUCCUCCCUCCCCCAGUUUCCUGUCUCGCCGUCGGAGGGAGGAGGACCUCGCUGCCGGAGCGAUGAGCGCCAACGAGGACCAGGAGAUGGAGCUGGAAGCAUUGCGUUCUAUUUAUGAAGGUGAUGAAAGUUUCCGAGAACUAAGUCCAGUGUCAUUUCAAUAUAGGAUAGGUGAAAAUGGUGAUCCCAAAGCCUUCUUAAUAGAAGUUUCUUGGACUGAAACAUAUCCACAAACAGCUCCAAUCAUAUCUAUGAAUGCUUUUUUCAAUAAUACCAUAUCAUCAGCUGUAAAGCAAAGUAUUCUGGCUAAAUUACAGGAAGAAGUUGAAGUUAAUCUUGGAACUGCAAUGACAUAUACAUUGUUUGAAUAUGCCAAGGACAAUAAAGAACAGUUCAUGGAGAAUCAUCACCCUGUUAAUAACAUGACAUCAAUAAGCAAUAUUAUUUCAACUGAAACUCCUAAUACUGUUCCUUCAAGUAAGAAAAAAGAUAAAAAAGAACAACUUUCAAAAACUCAGAAACGGAAGCUGGCAGACAAGACAGAUCACAAAGGUGAACUUCCACGAGGCUGGAACUGGGUUGAUGUGGUUAAGGUAUGUUUUAAAAUACAAAGUGUUUUAUUAUCUUAG